AUAAUUUCCAAUCAGACGAUUUUUGGAAUCGCAUCGAGAAGCACCAGACCUUCUAUCAAAAAUUAAAAUGUUACGCAACACUUGCAUAUUUAUUCUUCUUCUUUUUGCAUAUGUGGUCGGCGACUCCAGUACUUACUUCGCCCCUUUUCUGAAAAAAUGCAAAUUAAAUGACAAUGAGUGCCGGUUGUCGUCCAACCUACAGAUUGCCAUGCCAUAUAUCGCGGAAGGGAUUCAAGAGAUCGGCAUAUCCAGCACGGACCCACUGAUUUUGGAAAAUAUAGUCAUGGACACAGAUGAAAGUGUAUUCAAAUUUGUCUUGCCAACUUUAAAGGUACAAGGUGGUAGAAAGUGCAAGGUGGCUGAUUUUAAGCAAAAUCUUGAGGAGUCUACUAUGAAGUUGACACUCGACUGUCCAUUCUUAGGAACAGGCACAUACAAAUUUUCAGGACAAAUGAGUAUAUUUAAUAUAGAAAGGGAAGGAGACUUCAAACUACAUACAGAUUCAAUGAGGACGACCAUGACAAUCAAGAUGGACAAAACUAUCGUCAACGGAAAGAAACAUUGGAAGCUUUUGAGUUACCAAUCCGCAAGCGAGCCUUCAGAAUCUAUGCAUAUAGAAAUUGACGGCCUCUUCUCCGGUGAAUUGAAUAGAGCACGAUCAUUCCUGAGCGCUGUAAACAAAGACUGGGACAGUACACUGGAAAUUGGAAAACCUAUUGCUGACGCUAUAGUAAAGAACACCUUUGAAAAUCUAAAAGCAUUUUUCCUUAGAGUGCCAAUUGAGGAUCUUCUAUAAGCUUAAAUUAUGUAACUUAAGACAUAAUUAUAUUUUUAAGUAAUAAAGAAUUUCGAACAACUC